AUGCUUGCCACUCGCCAGGCCCUUCGCCUUACCGCCAACAAGCAGCUCUCGCCGUCGCUCGCCGCUUCGGCCCGCUCCUUCGGACCGGUCCGUGGCUACGCUGCCGAGGCUGGCGGCAAGUUCACCCGCUCCAAGCCGCACAUGAACAUCGGUACCAUCGGCCACGUCGACCACGGCAAGACGACCCUCACCGCCGCCAUCACGCGCGUUCUCGCCGAGGCGUCGGGUUCGGGCAAGGUCCUCGCGUACGACGCCAUCGACAAGGCGCCCGAGGAGAAGGCUCGCGGCAUCACCAUCGCGACCGCGCACGUCGAGUACGAGACUGGCAACCGCCACUACGCUCACGUCGACUGCCCUGGACACGCCGACUACAUCAAGAACAUGAUCACCGGUGCCGCUCAGAUGGACGGUGGCAUCAUUGUCGUGUCGGCGUCGGACGGCCAGAUGCCGCAGACCCGUGAGCACCUGCUCCUCGCCCGCCAGGUCGGCAUCAAGAAGCUCGUCGUCUACAUCAACAAGGUCGACCAGGUCGACGACGCCGAGAUGCUCGAGCUCGUCGAGAUGGAGAUGCGCGACCUCCUGUCGACCUACGGCUUUGACGGCGACAACACGCCGAUCGUCAAGGGUUCGGCGCUCGCCGCCCUCGAGGACCGCGAUCACAAGAUCGGCAAGGAGUCGGUCCUCGAGCUCAUGGAGUCGGUCGACUCGUGGCUCGACCAGCCGCCGCGCGACCUCGAGAAGCCCUUCCUCAUGCCCGUCGAGGACGUCUUUUCGAUCCAGGGCCGCGGUACCGUCGUCACCGGCCGCGUCGAGCGCGGCACCAUCCUCAAGGGCGCCGAGAUCGAGAUUGUCGGCAUGGGCGCGUCGUUCAAGACGACCCUCACCGGCAUCGAGAUGUUCCACAAGGAGCUCGACCGCGGCGAGGCCGGCGACAACAUGGGCGCCCUCCUGCGCGGCGUCAAGCGCGAGCAGAUCAAGCGCGGCAUGGUCAUCGCGGCCCCCGGCACCAUCAAGCCCGUCCGCAAGUUCGAGGCCGAGUGCUACAUUCUGACCAAGGAGGAGGGGGGUCGGUACACCCCCUUCAUGGACAACUACCGCCCCCAGCUGUUCAUCCGCACGUCUGACGUGACCGUCGGACUCACCUUUCCCGAAGGGACGGAAAACCGCGAGGAGAAGAUGGUCCUCCCGGGAGACUCGUGCACCCUCGUCGGCCAACUCGUGCACCCGAUCGGUCUCGAGCAGGGCUCGCGCUUCACUCUCCGCGAGGGCGGCAAGACUGGCGUCCUCGUCGUCGGCGUCGUCGAGGAAGAAGUCGAGGAUGCGCCGAACUGA